UUUUCUGUGGAUGGUGUUGCCGUCAGCGAGAGGAAAAGAUUCGGCUAGGCUAGGGAAGCGCAGUUAAAGGCUGAUUAUUCUGGGGGAAGAGGCAGCCAGGAGAGUUGAGAAGGGCGAAGGCAAUAGGGUUUACAGUCUGUAAGCGAGUGUUAAAAUUGUUCUGUUAGCGUGGAAGCGUGUCUUCGAAGGUGUUUUUAUGAAUGCACCUCUUGACCUUAAACGUAGUAUAUAAACUAGGGUGUGUGUGUUACGCGUUGUAUGCUUGAAGAUCCGGUACUAUUAAAAAGGUGCUAACAAUUGUGUAUGGGGGAAGAAAAAGCGCAGUGUGGCCGUGGAGGAGGUGUGGGGUAGCGUGACUUUUCCGGGUGGCAGUUGUUGGAACAGCUGGCUGCUGGUGGUCAUAAGGGGGCGCUAGAGACAGUUGUGCAGGCGAGCUGGGUAAACAAGUUGUGUCAGUUACUCAGUGCCAUCCUGGGUGGUCCCGUAUAGGAGUCGUCGAGCAGAUCCGAUUUAGAGAACUCAGGUUAUUUGACGUGUGCGCGCGUGUUUGUAACGGAGAUGGGCCCCCUGCUGUCUUUCGCGGUUGGGCUCUUGCUGCUCUUUCUGUGGGCCCGCUACAAGGGGAUUGCGUAUGUGUUGGUCCAUCACCGCUGGAUUUUCGUGUGCCUCUUCCUGUUGCCCCUUUCUGUCCUUUUCGACAUCUAUUACCAGUUCCGCGCCUGGGUUGUGCAGAAGCUCCACAGUGCUCCCCGACAGCAUAACCUGCGAGUUCGCAAUAUCCAGGAGCAGGUACGAGAGUGGAAAAAAGAAGGCCAAAGAACAUAUAUGUGCACAGGCCGCCCUGGCUGGCUUACAGUAUCUCUUCGCGUUGGAAAGUACAAGAAGACUCUUAAGAACAUAACAAUCAACUUGAUGGAUGUUUUGGAGGUGGACGCUGAGAGAAUGGUUGUCCGUGUGGAACCUUUGGUCUCAAUGGGACAGUUAACUGCACACCUCAACCCCAUGGGCUGGACUAUUCCAGUGGUACCAGAACUUGAUGAUCUUACAGUAGGUGGCUUGAUCAUGGGGACUGGCAUUGAGUCUUCCUCCCAUAUUUAUGGACUAUUUCAGCAUUCUUGUGUGGCCUAUGAACUUGUUCUUGCUGAUGGGAGCCAUGUGAGAUGUACACCAAAGGAGAACUCAGACUUGUUUUAUGCGGUGCCUUGGUCUUGUGGCACACUGGGCUUCCUGGUGACAGCAGAAAUAAAGAUGAUCCCAGCUAAGAAAUAUGUGAAGCUACAUUAUGAGCCCGUGAGAGGAUUGAAGACAAUCUGUAAGAGAUUUGCUGAAGAAUCUGAGAAGAAAGAGAAUCAUUUUGUAGAGGGUCUGGUUUAUUCUAUGGACGAAGCUGUCAUCAUGACAGGAGUUUUGACCAAUGAAGCUGAUCAGAGCAAGAUUAAUAGAAUUGGCAACUACUACAAAACAUGGUUUUUUAAGCACGUGGAGAACUAUCUGAAGACUAACAAGACAGGAACUGAAUAUAUUCCGGCAAGGCAUUACUAUCACAGGCAUACACGGAGCAUUUUCUGGGAGCUCCAGGAUAUCAUUCCGUUUGGCAAUAACCCUGUUUUUCGCUACCUGUUCGGCUGGAUGGUUCCUCCUAAAAUCUCCCUUUUAAAAUUGACCCAAGGAGAAGCAAUUCGAAAGCUCUAUGAACAGCAUCAUGUCGUACAAGACAUGAUGAUCCCCAUGAAAAGUCUUGAACAAUGUAUUGAAACCUUCCACAGUGACAUUAAAGUUUAUCCACUGUGGCUCUGUCCCUUCAUACUGCCUAAUAACCCCGGCAUGAUUCACCCAAAAGGAAACGAAGCAGAGCUCUAUGUGGAUGUAGGAGCCUACGGAGAGCCCAAAACAAAACACUUCGAUGCCAUGGCCUCCACCAGGCAAAUAGAAAAGUUUGUAAGGAGUGUUUAUGGUUUUCAGAUGUUGUAUGCAGAUUGCUAUAUGACCCGUGAAGAAUUCUGGGAAAUGUUUGAUGGCUCCCUAUAUCACAAGCUCAGGAAGCAACUUCAGUGUAACAAUGCUUUUCCAGAGGUGUAUGAUAAAAUCUGCAAAGCUGCAAGACAUUAAAUAUGAGUCGCCAAGGAAGCAAUCACCUUUUCCAGAGGUGUAUGAUAAAAUCUGCAAAGCUGCAAGGCAUUUCAUCUGACUUGCCCAAGGAAGCAAUCGGGAAGCUGGAUUUAAGAAUAACUAAUUGCUCUGUCCUUAACAAAAGUAUGUUGUUGCUGUCCCAAAGGCUUCAAGCAUAUUUGUGAUUUGAGGGUACAUACUCCUGCUUUUAUAUGAAAAUAUAACUGGUAAUUUCUUUUUAAAAUGUCUGUACUUAAUAAUUUUUUUAGAAAUUUCCAUUAUUAACCUGUAAGAUUUAAUUAAAGGUUUGCUGUAGAUUUAGUGAUAUCCUAUAGAAGGAGAGUGGAAAAAUCAGAGCCUUGAAGACUUAUAGAUAAACUACAAUCCAGCAAGUUAAUUGCCAGUGGGAGUUUUAUGGAAGCUCUGCUACUACAAAUGUCAUUGGUUGGGAUCCUAUAACCUAGAACAUCACCUCUUUCUGAGGGUAGUGCCAAAUACCUGCCAAAUGAGAAUGCCUUUCAAAUUAUGUCACAGUUGUCUAUAUCAUAUCACUAACCUUGCCCAGGAUUGCCAUUUUAAUUGUUAAAAGUAACCAUGCAUUAGACUCACAGUUGUAGAUCUGUCUGUCUAACCACUUGGAAGCUAUGGUUUGGAGGCAAUUUACACUGUUCCUAACUUCAGCCUUACUCUAAUUUUAACUAUAUUUUUCUUUAGUUUUCAUCAAAGUUUCUUUGAUGCAGGGAAACACUUGCAGGCAUGCACUGUGGAGUGAAUGAUAUAUUUAUCUUUCCUCUUUAUAAAUGCUACUGCUUUUGUCUUUCUUCUCUCCCCACCCCCUUCCUACAAGUUUCUUAGCACAGACUGCCGCUGGAUGGCUGCUGUUGUUUUUGGAACAUGUUGGGAUCUGUAUUUUGGGUUACAGACACAAGAUUACAGAUUAACCAAAAUCUUGUCAGAAAUGCUAGACUGGUCUCACUCUUAAUAGUACACAGAGAGGAUUGCUACUGAUUUGACACGAGCAGAGUGUUUUCAUGUUUGUGCCUACCUAUUAUGCUUUGUUCUUUGAGCGUGUCAACAAGCAUAUAGAUAGAGGUGAUCCAGUGGACAUAGUGUACUUAGACUUUCAAAAAGCGUUUGACAAGGUACCUCACCAAAGGCUUCUGAGGAAGCUUAGCAGUCAUGGAAUAAGAGGAGAGGUCCUCU